AUGCGUGGACUCGAUGAAAGUACCGAUGUGUUGAUUCGCGUCGGACACACGGCAAGCGAAAAGGUCAAGGAUGGCUUGGGCGCCUUUGUCAAUUUUGCGGCGCGGGAUAAUGUUCUUGAAGUCGCGCUUGGUUUGAUAAUCGGUAAUGCAUUCACUAAAGUGGUGACCUCGUUCGUGACGGAUGUCGUUCUGCCGAUCGUCUCUCUUCUGCCGUUCUUGAAUAAGAACAUGGAUCAGAAAUUCGCGGUUCUGUCCAAAGGUCCCAGUUAUAUCCACGGUCAAGGCUACAAUACGGUGAAGCAGGCCAGAGACGAUGGGGCUCUCGUGCUCGCGUGGGGUCUUUUUGUUGAAACGAUCCUCAACUUCAUGGGGGUCAGCUUGACGUUAUUUGCAGUCGCUCACUUAUACAUGGCCGUCUCACACAACAAAAUCAUUAAACCCACCGUGAGAUGCAGGUACUGCAAAAAGUAUAUUAGCGUCGAGGCUAAACGUUGUCUUAACUGCUCAAGCUGGCAGGAUGGAAGAGAAGACUUGCCUGGGGAGCAGGAGGACCAGGACGAUGAUAGUACUCUUACCGGCGAUAGAGCGUAG